AUGGCCAGCAAACCUAAUCACCCCGCAGACAAGAAACCUCCUGCUUUCUUCAUCCCUGCCUCUUAUAAGGGAAAUCAAGUCGUUCCACCUAUUUCGGCCAAAGCCAGUCUGACUGUGGGCAUUGCCGAGUCAGGUCAACAACUUGGAAAUAACGUGGGACUAAGCUCAAGAGUUGGAACCCCACUGGGAACAAUCGGAAAAGUUGCUUCCACAGACUCAGCAAGGUCAAUCCCAGGGAAGCCCGGUAGUUACUUGCUGGCGUCGCCAAGUGGUGUUCUAGAUCUAUCCCUAUACAACUAUGUUCCGGUGACCGAAAAAUCGGCAGGAAAACACAAUGGGCAGUCAAACAGCCAUGGCUUGGCAAAUCAAGACCAGCCAGAUGGAAUCACUCACGAGUCCAAGCUGACACCUACAGACGGCGCGGAGACGGCUGUGGUGGAGAAGGAAAAGAAACGACGUCGCUUUCGAAGACCAAGGAGGAAUAGCAAGCUGGAUAGACUAAUCCGCAUUUUGGAAGAUAAGCGAGUCGGGGAUGACGAAGAUGGUGAGGAACUGGAAGACUUGCAGCUGCCAAGAUUGAGAAGAGUGCUGAACAUAAUAUUUGUUACCCUGGGCGUUUGUUUCUUACUCGCAGUCAUAACUGUGAUCCUGUACACAACAAUAGCCACGGCAUAUAUGACGGUGAAGAUUAACAAUCAUUUAUUCAACAAAGGAAAUAUGCCCAGUCGGUUUAAGUUCAAGGACUACUGUCCAGUCGUGUCUAAGGCUGUACGAGCUCGUUUUGGGGUCAAUAAACUGGACUACUGGGACGCGUUGACCGGUCAUCAGCCUCUUUGGGAUAGCUCUCGGGGCAAAUCGGGAUCCAAAUUUCUUGUCACCUACAAUCGACAGUUUGCCGCAAAAACAAUCAUCCCGGCGUCAUUCACAUUCUUUUGUCCUCUCCAAACUCCCGAUUCCAUUUGGAUGGAUUGA